UGCGACUACGACGACUGCGAGGCGUGCGCUGUCUCGCCGGAAGCCGCCGCAGUGCACCACGGCUGCUAUGAAGUCUUUGCCCACAAGUGUCUUGUCCGCGACAGGCAGGUCCUGCUCCGGCGGCUCCUGGUCCUGGCCUUGUGGAGGAGGCCCUGGAGAGAGGCGCAGCCGCUGUUUCUGCCCAGCAGAGUCGACAAGCACACGCUCGACGCCGUGGCCGGGCUGUUUGGGCUGCCGCAGCUGUGCGGGCUGCCGGUUGAGCUGCUCGAGAUGAUCCGCGGCUUCUCGGCGCACUCUCUGUUCUGGAGGAGCAUCUCGGCGCUGCGGAUGGCGGCGUAUGUCUCCGACACGAGAGACGGGCUGUCGCAGACGCAGGUCGUGGCGUUGCGGCAUGUCGUUUCCUGGGAGCGAGGCGGGAGGCUUGACAAGAGCGAGUCUCAGACGCUGCCUCCUAUACUGAGGCUGACGAUGGAUUCCGACGGCAUCAGCAGGGUCGAGCGCCUGCCCAGCCAUCCACGAUACUCGCGAGGAAACUAUACGCAUACCGCGUACAUUGUUGGACCUGACAAUUGCGAGGAGCUCUCUGAUGAGGUGGAAGUAGAGCUCGUGGACAAUCAUUUACGUCUUAAACUCCCUCCUACAGGGCGGAUCCCCCAUAUAUGGAAUACCCCUAAUCCGCCUCUCUUGUCGUCAUGUAACACCUCCCCCUAUGAGCCCUCCUCUACCUGGUCGCGCCUGUUUGCUGUCGAAUCGGAUAGCAUCAGAGGCAUAACCUUCUUCUGCAACCAAGGACGCCUCUGUGACAUCCAUAUCCAUUAUCCGGAGGGACCGUCUGCUCGGUCGACAUAUGACCAAAUGAAACGCACCGUCCAGCGCAAUGUUAUAUGGCUCUACCUGCCUAUCCCGCAAGGCGACCGGUUGACCGUUGUAGGCGUGCGCCAACAGCAUGACUUGCCCCCGUGCCACCUGUUUCGAUUCGAAAAGUCCGGCGACGUCAUCAUAGGGACUCACGGCUCUUCCUUCAGGGACGAUUGUCUGGGCAGAGACGCUCCCCUCACCAUUAUAUACGGCGAGCCGAACCGUGCGGACCUGGUGCCGCGAGUCGAGCUCUUUGGCGCAUACUGCGGCGCGGAAUCAAGGUCCUCUAAAGAUUUGUGUUUGCCGGAUGACUUCCCUCUGGACAAAUACGAGCCCAGCCCCAUCACCGAGGGUGCUUUCUUGCAGGCGGAAUACUUUUCUUGGGCGCCGCUGGACGGCGUUGCGUCUGUUCUGGUCUUCCGCGACCAGGCCACGGGAUGCUGCAAAGGCAUCCUGUUCCACUAUCUGAAUGGAGGAUCCCGGGCCAUUGGCGAAUGCCGGCUUCAU